UUCAGUCAGAGGAAAUGUCACGUGAGGAAGUAUGUGUCAGCAGCUAUUUAUGUGUUAAUGUCUGUCUGUCUGGUCCACUAGGAAGUUUAGGACUUCAGAGGUUAAUAGGGAACUAACCCUCUACCUUCUGACUGGAUUCACCAUCAGUGUGAGCGAUUCUAUACUGUGCGCCCGUACGUGCGUCACUGCGUCACUCCUGAAACCCCGCCCCCCGUGUGCUUAUGUUUUGACGUUCUCGCAUCAGCACCAUCUCGCGCAUCCUUUCCUCCGGAGGCGGAGGCGGGAGUUUUUUCUCCAUCUCUCUCUCUCUCUCUCUCUCUCUCUCUCUCGUUCUUUCUCUCUUUCUUACUCUCUCUUUCUGAGCGCGCAGGCUGAACCCGUUCUCUCGCUCGGCGCGCUUCUCCGUCCGGCAGCAUGUCGAGCCUGUUGGAGAACCCUCUCCAGGCGGUGCUCUAUCUGAAGGAGCUGACGACUAUCGUGCAGAACCAGCAGGGCCUCAUUCAGACCCAGCGGCGCCGCAUCGACACGCUCGAGCGCAAGCUGAAGGAGCUGGCUGGAGAAAACCGGCGGCUCCACGACGCCCCACACCGGCACCCGUCGCGGCCUCAUCCGCCCCCUCGCACCUCCUCCGCUUUGGCCAGCAGAGACGGGACGCCCCCUCCUCUGCGGACACCGGCUACUCCAACCGAGCACCACUCACCACAGGACAUGCAGCUGGUACCCGCCGUGCCCAGCGGUGCAAGCAUGGACUCGUCAGCGGAGGACACGGACGCACACACGCGCUGCCGGUCCCUGGUGCCCCAGAUGUCCACUGCGCUCUGUCGGACCGGCCCCAGGAGUUCCGAAAGCCAGACUGUCCUGCACCAGUUUUGCUGCCCCGCCCCUGAAGCUCCUGAAAGCGAUCCCGUUUGCUGUUCAAGGAGUUCAGUCCAUCCAGUUGAAGGACAGGCUGAGAAAGACAAGAAGGAUGCUGCUCAGUUGAACCCUACGUCAUGUACACAUACUCCGGACUACGAGCUCUCUCCUGAUCUCAAACAAAAACAGAUUGAGGAUUUGGAGCAGAAGUACGGUGGUGCGCUGAUCUCCCGCCGCGCUGCCUGUAAGAUCCAGACGGCGUUCCGUCAGUACCAGCUCAGCAAGAACUUCCAGAAGAUCCGUAACUCGGUUCUGGAGAGCGGCAUUCCACGACGCAUGUCUGUGCGCAGGGUGCGGGUGCAGAGAGACGGUUUCUCUGCUGAGCGUGCGCUGAUGGAGGGAUGUUCUCUCAUGGGCAUCCCACUCACACAUUCCAGCUCGCUGCCCACAGGUGCAGCUAACACACUCACAAACCUGGAGGACACCUUCAGCGAACAGGUGCAGUCCUUAGCCCGCUCCAUAGACGAGGCCUUGAGCAACUGGACUUCUGUGCGUGAUGGGGAGGUGGUGGGAACUUCAGUGACCACUCCCCCUGGGCCAGUCACAGAGGGGCUGCUGAUGGACCCUACCACCCUUCAGGAGGCCACGCAUAACGCCUGCGCCGAAAACAUUCCCCGCAGUGCCAGCAAGCUCAUGAUGGCCUUCAGAGAUGUGACAGUGCAAAUCGACAACCACAACUUUCGCCUGUCCUCCUCUGUGCUCGAGUCCGUUUCCCUAGGCAACGGUAUCUCCAAGGAAACUGCCACAGAGCCUCAAGCAGGGGUGCAGAGCGGGGGUCAAUCAGAAUCGUCCACCACAGCUGAGUCUGAGUUCCCAGCCCCGCCCCCUAGUGAGGAGAUAGCGCUGGAUCAGCAGCCGACUGGUGAUGAAGCAGAAUCUGCACAGUCGGCCUGGGAGAAGCCGCUGACUAAUCAGAGUGCGUCAGAGAACAGCUCUGAGCCAAUCAGCAGCAGUAGCACAUCCACCUCGGCAUGUGAGAACAUGAUCAUGACCUUACCGCGCACACACUGUCCAGACACGCACUGUGGGACGCUUUCCACAGACGUUGCACGCAAGCGUCUGUACCGCAUCGGUCUCAACCUGUUUAACAUAAACCCAGACAAAGGCAUCCAGUUCCUGAUCUCGCGAGGUUUCAUCCCUGACACGGCCAUAGGCGUGGCUCACUUCCUGCUGCAGAGGAAGGGCUUAAGCCGGCAGAUGAUUGGAGAGUUUCUGGGCAACAGCAAGAGACAGUUCAACAGAGAUGUUCUUGACUGUGUGGUGGAUGAGAUGGAUUUCUCCUUGCUGGAGCUGGACGAGGCUCUCCGGAAGUUUCAGGCUCAUGUGCGUGUACAGGGAGAGGCUCAGAAAGUGGAGAGGCUUAUCGAGGCGUUCAGUCAGAGGUACUGUAUGUGUAACCCUGAUGUGGUGCAGCAGUUCCACAACCCUGACACCAUCUUCAUCCUGGCCUUCGCCAUCGUCCUGCUCAACACUGACAUGUACAGCCCUAACAUCAAACCCGAGCGUAAGAUGCGCCUCGAGGACUUUAUACGCAACCUCCGAGGGGUGGACGACGGAGCGGAUAUUCCGCGGGAAAUGGUGGCUGGCAUUUAUGAGCGCAUCCAGCAGCGCGAGCUUCGCUCCAACGAGGACCAUGUGACCUACGUCACCAGGGUGGAGCAGAACAUUCAGGGAAUGAAGACUAUCCUGUCUGUGCCUCAUCGGAGGCUGGUGUGCUGCAGUCGUCUCUAUGAAGUCAGUGAUGUGAACAAGCCACAAAAACAAGCAGCCCAUCAGAGAGAGGUGUUCCUUUUUAAUGACCUCAUUGUGAUACUGAAGCUGUGUCCCAAGAAGAAGAGUGCAGCAACCUACGUGUUCUGUAAGGCCAUGGGUCUGCUGGGGAUGCAGUUCCACAUGUUCGAAAAUGAGUAUUACCCUCAUGGUAUUACCAUCUUGUCUCCGUUCUCAUCGGAGAAGAAGCAAGUGGUGAGUUUCUGCUCGCAGAAUUCUGAGGAGCUGCUGAAGUUUGUGGAGGAUUUGCGGGAGAGCAUCGCCGAGGUGGCUGAAAUGGAACAGAUCCGUAUCGAAUGGGAAUUAGAGAGGCAGCAGGCAGCGAGAACAACUGCUCAGAACAACGGCAGCCAGCUGGAGAUGCAUUCAAGACCAAUAUCUCCCACAGGAGACCAUGAUUUUUAUGACAAGCCUGGAAGCAAUGCAGUUGAGGUGUCAAUUCACAACAGGCUCCGAACGUACCAGGUCAGCACUCCACCGGCUCCGCCCACUUCUCAGCCUCAGCUGGCCAUCAUGCCUAGCCCGGCUCCCAGCUCCACCCCCAGCUCCGCCCUCAACAUCUCCCCUGACACACUCAUCCAGUGCCAGCAGAUCGUCAAGGUGAUCGUUGUGGACUCAGCAGGCCGUGGGCAUGUAGAGGCGUUCCUGAGCCAAAACCCCGGACAACGUUUAAUCCAGUCGGCUGUCUCCACUCCGACCCGCUCGAGGGAGGGCGGAGCAAAGCAGCCGCCCCUGCCACCUCCACCGCCUCCUUAUCACCACAAACAUCAGUUCUGCCCUCCAACUCCGCCCCCUCCGCAACACCUGCUCAGUCAGCGUAGGUAUUCAAGUGGGACACGCAGUCUAGUCUGAGCACACACACACACAAACACACUCUUAUAUUCAAGUGUAUCAGUUCCCAUUGUACCUUUUCUAUUCAAAACCAUGUGACUGCAGACGGUAAUAUAUUCUUUUCUCUCUGACAAAACACACACAAAUACACACCCACACACACCUUUUAUACUCUAACACCUGCUCAGUCCUGUAUAAAUAAUUACGCCACAAUCGGGGCCUCGUGUCCUCUAAAUGAGUAUUUUAGAUACAGAGUAGUUAGUUUUGUCAGAUGUUCUUUUCCCUGUACUUUUAUCUCUUUAAGGGUUUAUAGAGCAAUUUCCACAGAGCUGCAACGUUAGCAUCAGAUUUUCUUACAACCUUUAACAUACAGCGUGAUGACAUUAGCCGUGUUGGUGUUAGUCACAGGGUUCAGAACUGUAAAACCUGGCUUAGAUUAGAGUUCCACAAAGGUGAACAUGUGCUCUUGAUCUAUAGUGUGUUAUUAAACAGGGUGUCCACAGGUUCUUAAAUUACAUUUUACAAAUGAACAGCACUAAGUAAUACAUUGUCCAUAUGGUUAGAUAUACAUUUUACUCCAUUUUGGACUUCCGUACACCCUGAAACACAUCAUUUUUAAAACUACACCGAAUAAAGGAUAAAACCUAAAAUACAUACUGAAUUAAAUAUCAUUGUUUUUGUUAAUAUCAGUUUUGGUAUCACUUUUUUUACAAUGGAACAGAGCUACGCGCAAACACAUCUCCCUGCUCAGUGCCAUUACUAUUACUCUGCGCUGCUGAAUUAAUAAAAUGUAUAAAAUAAGGCCAAUGUUUUUGUCAAUUCAGUGCACUCUCCUGUAAAGAAAAUGUGUUCACAGUUUGAAGGAUAAGCUAACCGAGCACUCAUCUUUUACACUUACAUGCUAAUUUAAUUAAUAACUAUAUCCAUAAAAAUUCUCAGCAGAGUUUCAGAUUAAGGCGAUGUCUCCUCUGAUGUCCUCUGUGUAGGGAAAAAUGUUUUGUUGAUGACACUAUUACUUAAUUAAUAGUGUCAUAUUUGUGUAUUUAAUAUUCGCCUUAAAUUGCAUUCCAUAGUUAAGUAUAUUAACAACCAAAAACACAAUUUUCGUAUUUCCAAAAAUCAAAAGGUCAUAAAUUUCAGUUACAGCAAACUGUCAGACACUGGACUUAAGAAAAAUGUACUUAAAUCCGCUCAUAACCCAGACAUGCCUCUGUUUUUGUGUACGUCUAUAGUUACAUCUGAGGUCUGAAUUAAAAUUGAAUCCCAUUACAUUUGAAGUGGCAGUGAAAAAAAUGUUUUAAAUAACUUGAGGAUACCUGUAGACACCCUGAUUAAGGCACAUUUAUAUGGACUUAUGCAUAGGUCUAAGUACAGUGCUGCAGUGUUUCAUUACAGAGCUUCAGUUUAAUUCAUGAGACACUGAAUGUAAGGAGAUGUUUCUCCACAUUCUAGCAGGAACGAAGUGCCCAGGCUACGUUACAGCAGUUAAUGCUAACAGCUGUAACGAAACAUUCCAUGGGUCAUCCCAGCAUCUGUGUAUAAUAUACAUUCUCACCUUUUAUGGCCCCAACAACUGCUAGGCCCUGGAUGGUAUCCUUAUCUUUCUAGUGGCAGUUUCUGUAGGGUGCCUAUGUAGUGUUUUACUGUGACUGGGUGUGACAUUGCUACUCAGUAUAAACCAGGCUGUUUUUUGGUCUCAUUUUGCUUUGCCUUUGGGCUUCUGAGAUGAUAUACGUGUUUCUAACCCCUAUGAUUUUUUUUUUAAGAAAUUGUUUGAAAUUUUGAACAAAAAGACUUCCUAUGAAUCCUGUGUACAAAUAAAUAGCAUGGAAUAGAAACAUUGUACAUUAAGAGUAUAAGCUUUUAUGAAGACAUGUCAAAUAACAUUCAUAACAACAUUGUAAUCACAUAUUUAUACUAACUGGCAUAAGCCAUUAUAAGUACUUAUAGUAAAUAUUUAGUAAUUAACAGUUAGCUCUUUCAGAUUUCAGUAGUUAAUAAGGUAAAAUUUACAAGUAAUACUUGAUGCCUACUUUGCAAGUUGAAUAUUUAAGUACAAAAUAACUAACAUGAAAAAUACCAGGCAACUGAUUCAGCAAAUUCCUGUACAUCUGACUGUAGGUAAAUGUACAGGUAACAAAUGUGUAGUAACAUUUUAACAUCUGAAAGUAAAUACUGAUAACUCUUUACAUCAAAGUUUGCUUAUUUAAUGCAUUAGUUAAGAUGAUCAAACCAUAAACUUCAGCAUUAAUACAUCAGAAUCAUUCAAAUAGUAAUUAACUUAUUUAUUAAAUAAUGAACACAGAGCAGAACGUUAUUAUUUUUCUAUAACAGCAAAUCCUGAAUGUUUUAUUCUUCUAACAGCACAGCAAUUUACUAACAAUUACAAUUUUUAUUAAUGAAUGGCACAUCAUACUUUUAUCCUUUUAUAAUUACAUUUAAAGUUGUGGAACGUUUAAGGGAACCUUAAUGUAAAGCAUUGCCUUUGUUUCCAAAUAUGGAUCUGAGUAUAAAGUAUUACGGCUUUACACAUGAUGCUUUUUUUCCAUUAAUUAUUUCACACAUUCUUACAUUUUUAACUAUUAAACUGUUCUGCUGUACAAAUCUAAUAGUUCUCACAUCAGUUACUAUGUACUUUAACACCAGAGUUUACUAUUAAUUAAUGUACUUUUACGUGUUAAACAUGAGAAAGUUUCUGUACUAUAGGUUAAAGUGCUGCUGUAAGGCCUUAAAAACCUUCAUUCAUUUGUAAAAAUUUCUUUUGAGAUCAGUGUAAGCAAUGCAGUGUCUUCAAAUCCACGAUUUGAUCAUAACCUGUCCAUACAGGGUUUUUUUUUUCAUAAGGCAAUGUGGAUGUAACUAUAAGUACUUAUGAUGACCACUGGCUCAUGCCUUCCAUUAGACAGCAUUAUUCCUGACAUAUAAGACAUCAUAACUGCAUUCUUUUUUGCAUCCAGGAUUCAUAGGACACGCCAAUACCUUUCAUUGAACACUGAAAAUAGCGUUGUGUUUGAAACUUCCUUGUGGCUCAUGUUUGCACCUCUUUAACAUUAUUGUUUGCUGUACUGCAUGUCAUAUAAAAGUUGACUAUGAACAUGAAUAUGCAUAGAUCUAUAACAGGCACAUGAUUCAACCUACAGAAGUAUAUUUUAGAUGCUUUAAACUAAGUGUUUUUAUUUUGUUUAGUUGGGGUUUGGGAGUGAUUCAUUAAUGAGGAUUAAGUAUGUAUUACGUAGAAUUAUUCAUUGCUAGUUGCAUAUUUUGUCUAUUUGUACAGAGGGAGAUGAGCAAUGAUGUCAUCCUGUGUGUCGGCACAGAAAUGACAAAGAAACAGCAAACAAAGUGAGAUUUUAUUUAUUGCUAUGGAUUUGUGGAAGGAACAGUUUCUGUGAAGUUUGCACAGCUGAGUUUUCUGGAAUGGGAAUAAAAUUUAUCAGAUAUCA